GUACUUUUGUAGAAGCGUGCGUCAUGGCCCGAUAAGACACGUGUCUCCCCAGUGUCUGUAAAGUACAAUGCAUGCUCAGAUCCUACUUUGCAAAGCUCUCUGGCCUUUGACGUGGCCGCUCGCCGUGCGGAAACUGCAGUUGACGGUCGUGGCGAUGAUCGAGCUGGGACAUGUCGUGAUGGUUGACAACAGACGCCCCUUGAUUUAAUCGUAGAUAGUCUGCUCCACCUCCGCUGCCGGAUGAGCGGCUGCGCGGGUUGGGCGAGGAUCUUCAGCUUUGGCAAUGCUGCCGAGCGCUAUCAAGAAGCAGAGCUGGGGACUCGCCGCGUACCUCCUUGCCGCAUACGGCCAGUGACUACGGUUUUGCGAGAGGUUUGCGGAGAAUCUCCUUACGACCGUUCUAUCUGAGUUGUACAGAAAGCAAUCCGUGAUGCGAUUGUCAUCUGCCUAUUAUCCCGGGCUACCCUGUAGCUCUUUGGUACCUGAAUUUUGGCAGCUCCAUGUGACGUCUCCCCAACUCAGGGGUGCAAUUCGCCGAGGCCCCACCAGCAGGUCGGACCUCACCAGACACGUUCCAGCAACAUCUUGUCCAUUACCAAUCGCGACCGACCUCGCCCACCGUGUCGUUGCCCAGAGCGCGUACCACAAUGCGCUGAGCCCGACCUCGGAGUUUCGUUCGCUUCAAUCGUCAGCCAUGGGCGCGCUGUCGCUCCUCGGCAAGGUCUACGGCCUCGACACCCUCGACACUCGCUUCACCUCAGCCUCGUCCGUUCCUUACCAGAGCAUCAUUGACGCGCGCGGCGAUCCCGCUGCUGCCAAAGAAGCGGCAGCCAAGGCGCAGGCACGCGCGCAGCCGCCAAAAUGGCAGACUCCCGAGUUUUGUCUCUACUAUGUGGUCUUUCUGCUGGCGGUGCCGACCAUGUUUUGGAUCCCGUACACAGUCUCGCGUCGUGUGUUGCCCCCCCCCCCCCCCCUCUCCUCGUGAUGAUGUCGACGGUUCGGAAGGCACGUGCUGACUGGCUCUAGCAUCGGACCCGAGAUACCACAAGUAUGAGCGCUUCUUGUCCGACGGCUGGAUCCCCGGGCGCAAGGUCGACCUAUCCGACGCACAGUACCACACGUUUCGAGGCAACCUGCCGUACAUGGGCGCGCUGCUGCUCUUCCAUCCGCUGCUGCGGAGGGUGUGGAAUGCGGUCUAUCAGCAGCCCGGGCGGACGUCAAGUGGCUCUGGGCGGCUGGAGCUGCGGGCGUCGUUUGAUUUUGCCUUUGCCAUACUCUUUCUCCUUGCGCUGCACGGGGUGUCGGCGUUCAAGGUACUCGCCAUUCUGUAUGUCAACUACCAGAUUGCGAUGACGCUGCCGCGGAGCUACAUCCCCGCAGUUACAUGGGUAUUCAACAUCUCUACGCUGUUCGCCAACGAGCUCUGCGAGGGGUACCGACUGCGGUGGCUGGCUGCCCACGUCGCGUCGGCCGACUCUGCGCUGGUGCAGUGGGGUGCAUGGCUGGAUGGCUUCGGCGGCAUCAUGUCCCGGUGGGAGGUGCUGUUCAACAUUACCAUUCUGCGGCUCAUCAGCUUCAACAUGGACUAUUACUGGAGCAUUGACAAGCGCUCUGCCAACGGGCUCGAGAAGAAGCAGCUAGACCCGGCCAACCUGUCGGAGCGAGAUCGCAUCACCAUCCCCGCCGACGUCCGGGACUUCACGUUUCGCAACUAUGUCGCCUAUGCUGUGUACGCCCCGUUGUACCUGGUGGGGCCGAUUUUGACGUUCAAUGACUACAUCUCCCAGCUCAAGCAUCGGGCGAGCAGCAUCGAGGCCUCGCGGACGAUCCGAUACGGCGUGCGAUUCGUGCUUGUUUUUCUCGCCAUGGAGCUGGUGCUGCACUUUGACUACGUCGGGGCCAUCAGCAAGGCGAACCCGGUCUGGGGCGAGUACACGGCUGCGCAGCUGAGCAUGCUGUCUUUUUUCAACCUGCACAUCAUCUGGCUCAAGCUGCUGCUGCCGUGGCGGCUUUUCCGGCUGUGGUCGCUCGUCGACGGCAUCGAUCCGCCCGAGAACAUGGUGCGCUGCGUGAGCAACAAUUACAGCACGCAGCUGUUCUGGCGGGCGUGGCACCGCUCCUACAACCGAUGGCUGAUUCGCUACAUUUACGUGCCGCUCGGGGGUUCGUCGUUCCGCAAUUGGCGGGCGAUUGCGCGGUCCAUCGUCACGUACUUGCUGGUGUUCACGUUUGUCGCGCUGUGGCACGAUAUCCAGAUGCGGCUGCUCAUCUGGGGGUGGUUGAUCGUCCUCUUCAUGGUCCCCGAGUGGGCGGCGUCGGCGUUGUUCCCCAAGCGCAAGUGGGAGAGCCGACCUACCGAGUAUCGGAUGCUGUGCUGCGUAGGCGCUGUGGCCAACGUGCUCAUGAUGAUGGCGGCGAACCUGGUCGGCUUCGCGGUUGGGCUGGACGGCCUCGAGAGCAUCAUCAAGGGGAUCCUGCAUGACUGGUCUGGUGUCAUGUUUCUCGUGGUGGCAUGCUCUUGUUUGUUUGUCGGCAUCCAGGUCAUGUUCGAGAUUCGGGAAGAAGAAAAGCGCAAGGGAGCGACGCUGAAGUGCUGAAUGACGACGGGCGCGUGCAGGGCGCGUGUAAUUGGGGGGCCAGAACGGCAUGAGUCGGCACGCAGCCUGCCAAGCAAGAAUAUCGGCUAUUGUAUGAAGUAAACAUCUAUAGCGAACCUAUACUACCGACGUCUC